AUGAUCAUCAUGUUACGUUUCAUAUCAAUCCCUUCUUUUCUUAUUUUCUUCUUCUCCCUUUUUCUCAUUCUUUACUCAACUCAUGGAAUUUCCUUUCCUUUCAACUCCUCCCUUCAACCAGAUGGUGUCAAAUUCAUUGUUGAUAAACAAGUUGAUGAAGAGUUAUCAUGGAUGGCAUGGAGAUCAUUAGUUGUAGAAGGUGUUCAGGAGAAUAAAACUUUCGUGCUUGCUCAAGAAAGAACUCUUCGAAAAGAUGUUUUUAACCAUUUCAAACGCUACACUGGUGGCUGGAAUAUUAGCAAUCCUGAAUAUAUUUCGUCUGUUCUUUCUACAGCAGUUCCUUUCUUCGUUGUUGCUGCAACAUGGUUGGUGGUUUUUGGGCUUGUUUUACACAUCAUUUGUGUGUGUUACUGUUGUUGCCCUAGAGAUCCUCAUGGCUUUUCUCAACUAGUUUGUUAUGCAACCUUCAUCUUCCUUAUCCUAUGUACAAUUGUGGCAAUAGGUGGAUGUGUUGUUUUGUACACUAGUGAGCAACAGUUUCAUGGAACCACAUCAAACACAAUGAAGUAUAUCGUGAGCCAAGCUGAAUUCACAAUUGAAAACCUAAAGAAUGUGACAAACUAUUUGGAUUCAGCUAAAAUGAUGGCUAUUGAAUUUGGUUUACCUGAUGAUGUUGAUGAAGAAAUUGAUAGUGUUAAAAAGAAAAUUAUUGAUGUAGCUGCUGAUAUUUCUAUCAAGACUCACAAUAAUUCACAAAUGUUACACAACGCCAUCCAUGGAAUGAGAUUGGCUCUUAUAAUUAUUGUUACUUCUAUGCUUAUUGUCUUAGUUCUUGGAUUUUGUGAUUACUUCAAUACUUGGGUUGAAGUAUACUUUAUACUCAUUGUUGUGGAAAUUGUGUGUUUUCAUGGUUGCAGCUUAGUAUUUGCUGGAUGGAUUCUUGUUGCAGGAACAUUUAUACUUUGUGGUGCAUUUGUUUUUCUUCAUAAUGCAAUUGGUGAUACUUGUGUUGCCAUGGACGAGUGGGUUCUGAACCCAACAGCUCACACAUCCUUGGAUGAAAUUCUUCCAUGCAUUGAAAUUGAAUCAACCCAUGAAACCUUUUUGCAAAGCAAGUCUGUAAUAUAUAGUCUUGCUAACUCAAUUAAUGGCUUCAUUUCCAUUAUCUUGAAUGGAAAUUCUAUGUCUCAUAAUCAAUCAGCCCCCUCUAUGCCUCUUCUUUGUAAUCCAUUCAAUAGUGACUUUACAGUUCGAGAUUGUGCUGCUGGGGAAGUUGCAUUUGAAAAUGCCACUGAGGCGUGGAAGAAUUAUACAUGCCAAGUUUCUCCAUUGGAUAAUUAUGGUACGACUGGUUGCAUGGCUCCAUACUUGUACACACAACUUGCUACUGCUGUGGAAGUGGCAUAUGGUUUGUAUCACUAUGGACCAUUUUUGGUUGAUUUAAUGGAUUGUACUUUUGUUCGAAAAAUGUUCGUAGAUAUUAACAACAACUAUUGUCCUGGCCUAGAGAGAUGUACUAAAUAUAUUUAUUGGGGAUCAAAUGUGGUAUCUGUAGCUGCAGUGUUGUCCUUGGUAUUUUGGAUUGUCUAUGAAAGACAACUCCAUCAUCGUAAUUACAUCAAACAGUCUUAA